UCUCCCUUCGUUAUUUAUUUAUUUCGAAAAUGUACCAAAAAAACAAUUAUCAUCUGCCAAUUGUGAGUAAAACAAUGCGUCUUCAAGCUCUUCUAUCUACUGGAAUUCCAGUUCCCGAUUUUCGCGCGCAAUGUUAUCACCGCUCAAACGGUGUCGCUUUACACGCGUCUUGCAGCGGGAGGCAUCGGAGACGUACGGUUUCAGCUUCUGGUAGUCAGAGUUCAACCUUCAAUGCGGUGAAGAAAAGAAAAGUUGUGGAACAUAUUUGUUUGUUGAAAGCAAAGCGAGAUUUAUCUGAGAAGGACGAGAACGACAUGCUGGAUUAUUUGUACACUUCCCAAUAUCAAAUGCGCGGAAUUGUUGCAAUAUCUUUAGGACGCAUUUCGAGUGACAUUGUAGAAAAUUAUACUCAUGCUGUCGUCAUGCGUUUCGAAAGAAAGGAAGAUGUUACAAGGUUUUAUGAGAACCCUUUCUAUUUGAAAGUCCUCAAGGAGCAUGUUAUGCCUCACUGCCAAGAAAUACUUAAUGUGGACUACGAAUCUGAAGUGGAAGAUGAUAUCCUUUCUAUAUUUCGCAAAGGGGAGGAGUUCAACUAUGGCGUGGAGUUUCUACAUCUUAUAGCAUUUUCUGAGAAUCCAUUUGCUGCACCUGCAAAAGAGGCAUUAACAUUUCAUAAAAGGCUGACAGAAGAAUUUCCAUCCUUGAUUGUCCAAUCUACUCAAGGCUCCAAUUUUAAUACCAGCAGUCAGGAAUAUACUCAUGGGCUAGUGACCAGAUUUCGAUCAUUUGAGGCAUUUGAGAUGUUUAUGGGCAGCACAGAAUACAAAGAGACGUGGAAGUCAAAAUUCGAGCACAUCAUCAAGAAAACUCUUCCAAUUCAUUACUCUGUUGAUCCAGUUGGCAAGGAGCUUAUGUAGUGAUGGUUCGUUGCUUUUAAAGCUGCCAGUAAAACUGAAAAGACUCGAAUGCUAAUCUUUAAAAGGAAUUAUUUAUAGCAGUUUAAAACCUUAAAAGGCUUGCAGGAACAAGCAUGCAGGUAAACCUUCUUGACAUUAUGGUCUAUACUGGUAUUACCUCCGGAUUA